AUGUCCAAGAGGUGGAUUGAUAAAAAGACGGCACAGAGCUAUGCGCUCUUGCACCGUGCGCACGAGGAUCCGCUUUAUUACAACGAAGAGGCUGGAGAGCGUGUGCUUGUGCCGAUUGAGAAGAGGAAAAGAAAUGCCAGAGAGCGACUGGAGACGAAGCAGGACCUCCAAAAAGAGCUAGAUUCAAAAAUAGCCCAAGGAGACAUCAGGAAAAAUGAGGGAGAGGCAGCCCUGUAUGGAAUCACGUACGACGACUCUCAGUACGACUAUAUGCAGCACCUGAAGCCUAUUGGUGAGGACAAGACGGGAAUAUUCAUAGCUAGAGAGGACAAACCACAGAAGGUGGAGCUGCCUGCAGAGCUUCUGCCGUCCAAGGAGACAGUCAAGUACGAUUACCAGCGUCAGCAGAACAUCCAGGACGACAUCGCUGGUUUCAAGCCUGAUAUGAAUCCUGAUCUUCGAGAAGUUCUGGAGGCCUUAGAGGACGAGGCAUACAUAGAUCCCGACCAGGACGAGGAUAACGUGGACGUUUUUGGCACACUGCUGGGCGGAAAGCCUGAAAUAGUGAAGGAUUCGGAUUACGAGGAGUAUGACGAGUGGGAUAUGGACAAUUACGAGGAUGAGUACGGCGACUACGACUCCAACGGCGAGGCCGAAAACUUCGACUGGGAGAAAGAUUUUAGCCGGUUCAAAAAAGCGCAGACUCGCGGCAAAGUGGCCAACGACUGGGACAGUGACGACGAGUUUGACGAGGAAGAUGAGGAAGACGAAGUCGGCAGUCUGCCCGAUCUUGGGGCCACAGCAAUGAAGAGCAAGAGCUCAAAGAAAAAAGAGAAACGUCGCAAAGGUGCGAAGACAGACACCUCGUCGUAUUCCAUGUCUUCGUCUGCUCUGUGCCGGACAGAGCAGAUGACCAUCAUCGACGAUAAAUUUGACGUGAUGAAGGAGCGGUACGAACAGGAGGAGGAAGAAGAGUACGAGCCAUUUGCAUUUGAGAACGAGCGUCAAGAUCUGGCUGCUUUGGUGGACGAUUUCCUGGAUAAUUAUACAUUGGAGAAAGGUGGCAGGAAGAUUGUGAAAAAGGACAAAGAGCUCGAGAAAAUACAGCGUGCUGCCGACAGUGUGUCUCGGAGCAAGCUCGCUCUUCGCCGCAAGAAGGACAGCAACGGAGGCGACCCGUCUGCGUUCAAAGGUUUGGCUGAUGAUAUGAAGAAGCUGCGUAUGUAA